UUACCCACAAUUCCCCCACCACUAAUAACAUGGCGGCCUUCACGAGGUACAUGUGUCUUUCAAGGAGGAUAAAUCUAUGCUAUCCAAUAUUGACUCAUCAUUUUACCUCAGAAUCGCGUUUGAAAUGCACAAUCGUAAGAACUUUAAUGUCCAGUAAUGAUUUAAACACACUCUGUGUCCGUCUGGAGAAUGUGAAACGACUUUUAAGCACAGAAGCCGAUACACCUGACCGUCGAAGUGUCCGGAGUAGAAGCACUUCCGACCUGGGUUCCCUCACAAGCGACAUCCUUAGUUCCAAUAUCAAAGCUGCUUCAGGUUCUUCACCUUCGAAAGAUGGGGCUACAGAACAGUCCAGUUCUUCUUCAGGAUCUAAAAAGGAAAAAUCUUCGAGAUGGACCGGUAAAAAUGCAUGGAAGUUAGGUUUACUGUUGCUCGGAGGUUGGGCUACCUUGACGACCGGCGUACUCAUUAGUAUUUGGGGAGCCCCUGCAGUGGAUCCAGAAGGGAACGAAUUCAAAGAUGAAUUUUCUGACUUAUGGUUUGUCCAAGCUUAUUUAAAGAGAGCGUUAAAGGAAUUUCGUCAAUACAAACAGAUGCUAAAAGACCCUUCUCGAGAAAAAUUACUGCCUGACCCUUUGCACUACCCCUAUGCUCAGCCACCUUAUACUUUAGUUAUAGAAAUGACCGGUGUCCUUGUACACCCUGACUGGACGUAUGGCACUGGCUGGAGAUUUAAAAAGCGACCUGGUAUAGAUUAUUUAUUAAAACAAGUUGGUCCGCCUUUAUUUGAAAUCGUAAUUUAUACUUCAGAACAAGGAUAUAAUGCUGACCCUAUAGUGAAUAAUCUCGAUCCCAAUGGUUUUAUCAUGUACCGUCUUUACAGAGAUGCCACUCGUUAUAUGGAAGGCCAUCAUGUUAAGGAUCUUUCUUGUUUGAAUCGAGACCUUUCCAAAGUAAUCAUUGUAGACUGGAAUGAAGAGGCAACCAAACUUCAAAGACAGAACAGAUUUCUACUAAAACGGUGGACAGGAGAUGAUAAUGAUCGAACACUCAUAGACUUGGCAAACUUCUUAAGAACUUUGUCAAUGUCUGGCGUUGAGGAUGUACGGUCAGUUCUACAGCAUUAUAACCAAUUUGAUGAUCCAAUCGAAAGGUUUCGAGAAAACCAGCGAUUACUUCAGACUUAGUUAAACAUCAACAAGAAACGACUCACCGACAAAGGAACAAAACCACAGCAAGG